UAUAGCGGCGCCGGGUGAGCGGUCAGGGCUCAGGACAGGUGGGACGGCAGGCCACCCUCAGCCACUGCGCAGCACGCUGACCAGCUCACUGUAAAACACUCCAACUAGACUGCAGAAAACAGGAGAAAGAGAGAAAAAACCCAAGAGAUAUACACUAGUGGGGAAAAAUCCUCUGUUUUACCUCACUGACAGACGUCAACUUCAGAAAAACUGGACUCAGACAAAGUGGGACAGAAGUGUGUGGAAAAAUACUUGAAGGAGUGUAAGAGUUUGAAGCUGUGAAACGUACCUCUCAGGGAUUAAAAAUAACAGCUGGCCUCCAGGAUGCAGGAUGGGAGCUGGAAUGACACACUCCCCCGUUCAGUGCUUCUAAAGGAAGCAUGUCCUCCAGGGGGUGUAUCUCAGGAUGGGGAUAGGGGCAUGUUUUUGGAGGCGUCCUCAGAUGGCAAAGUUUACCUGGCGGAGUUCGAGGGAGGGGAUGGGGACUUUCUGGAACUCUCUGCCUUCCUAAGUCAGGAUGAGAUUAACCGCAGUCUGGACCUGGCUCGAGAGGCCAUGAGUGAUGCAGGUGAUCCCUGUGAUGUCUCUGAUAUGCCACUUCCUGCCUCUUUACCCAAAGAAAUUGAGCCAGCACUCCACUCCUCACCCUCUCCCCUAAACUCCACCCCUCAGCAUUUAACCGCAACAGAGAAUCAGCCUCUUCAUUUGCAAACCAAAGGCACCACACUACAGAAUUCUGUUGCAAUGGCAUCAUCAAAUCCAGCUGAAGCUACAUCUGUCAAGGUUACAUCCAGUCAGAGCGUUCAGCUCAACAGACCCACUCAGGCCCAUACAGGCCCUGAACCCCCAGCCUACCAGAAGUCCAGUGUGCCAGUGUACAAGCAGGAGCGUCCCCGGUUGGUCCAUGGAGGUCUGGAGGUCAAUGAGCGAGCAGCUUCCACCACUGAGUUCUGCAGCCGGGCUGCCACCUUCAUUGAGGAGCUCUCCUCUAUUUUUAAAGGGUCUAGCCGUUUUGAUCACCAGGAAGAUGAUGACUCCUCCUCGCCUGACAGUGGUUACCUCUCCCCAAAGAGCCAUAAAUUGGCAAUGCAGCAGGCUCGGUCCUCUUCAUCAUGUGCAUCUUUUUCUCCAGAGGUGCAGCAAGAAGCUGCUCUUGAAGGCAAGACAGGGAUGGAGUCGGAAAUAGACGGGAAUGAGCAUCAAGUUGGUGAGAUCAGUAUGGAUGGGUCAAUGGCUCCUCCUCGGUUCACCCAGAAGCUGAGGAGCCAAGAGGUAGCAGAGGGGAGUCCCAUUACUCUAGAAUGCAGGGUUAAAGGGAACCCCCAGCCAUUGGUCAGGUGGUUCUGUGAGGGGCGGGAGCUGCACCACUGUCCUGAUAUUCAAAUCUGGCAGGAUGGUGACCUGCACACGCUGGUGAUUGCCGAGGCUUUUGAGGACGACACAGGCAGGUACACCUGCGUAGCCUCCAACGCUUUGGGAGCAGACAACACCUCUGCCGAGGUCUACAUCGAGGGAGCCUCAUCUUCAGACUCAGAGGGGGAAGGAUCCGUGUCCAAAUCUAAGUCAGGAGCCAUGCCACAGGCUCAGAAGAAAACAGCGUCAGUGUCCUUGACCAUUCGCACAUCUUCACCAAAAAGCCCUGAUAAACCGUCCCUCCGCUCCACACUGCUCCAGCCACUGUCACAGAGAGUUCAGAGUCCUGUCUCCUCACAGUAUGCUGCUGAUGGGGUCUCAGCUCCCCCUACAUUCACCAAGUUGUUGCAGGAUGUUCAGGCGUGUGAGGGGCAGUUGGUGGUUCUGGAGUGCAGAGUGAAAGGAAGCCCACCUCUCAGGGUUCAGUGGUUCCGGCAAGGUCACGAGAUCCAGGACUCUCCAGAUUUCCGCAUCCUUCAAAAAAAACCGAGGUCUACAGCAGAGCCUGAGGAGAUCUGCACUCUGGUGAUAGCAGAAGUUUUCCCUGAAGACGGAGGCCUGUUCUGCUGCAGUGCUACAAACCAGUACGGCUCCAUCAGAUGCAGCGCCCAGCUCACCAUCAUGCCAGUGUCUGAGGAAUCGCCCAGAAACGGCGUACCCAGAGACGACAGCAUCUUCGAAGACAAUCAAUUGUUCCCACCCCCUCCCCCGCCCACUGAAAUCAGCCUCCUGGAGGUCCCACCCAAAACUCCGCCCAGUGCUGAGGCCUUCCAAAUAAAUGAGCUAGACAUUUGGCCUAGUGUUCAGGCUGCUGCAGAUGUUGAGCACCAAUCGAACGGAGCUUUUUCCAGCAGCAAUACCACAAGCCCCCAAUCAGCAGUGAGUAUGAAGGAGAUUCCAUCCCCUAUUGGAGAAGCUGCACUUCCUCCAUCGCCAUCUCCAGCUAAAGACGGACCCCCUGUUCCCAUCAAGCCCAAACCCAGACUAUUGAAUGAUGUAGCCGAUGACAACUCAGAAGAAAGGAACGCAGAACAACUGAAGCAGCUUCACGAUCAGGUCCUACUAGAGCAGCAGGAAGCGGCUAAGUGGCAGCAAUUCCAGCAGCAACAUCCUGAACAAAAAGCCCCGCCCCUUCCUCAGCACCAGCCACCCCAGAACAUCCCGCCUCCAUCUCCGCCUCUUCCCCCUCCUCCCUCCUUCCAGGAGCUGGAGUGCAGCGCCAUGCAGACGAGCACGUUCAACUAUGCUCGGCCCAAGCAAUUCAUCGCCGCCCAAUCUCCCAGCAGCCCCAGCGGUGGGUCGGUGAGCUACUCCACCCAGUCCUCCACCUCCUCGGGCUCCAGCCUGGCAUCGCCACUCUCGCCCUCCGCUACCCACAAGCCAUUUGGCCGUGUCACCCUGCCGCCUUUCCAGCCAUUGCCUAAAGGAGGUGGAGUGGAGUCACCAGGCUCACCUUCGUUCCCUCCUCCUCCUCCACCCUUCCUCAGCUCCAGCACGGUCACCUCUCCAUGUGGCCCACCGCAGGACUUUCCCCCACCGCCGCCUCCACCCCCACCUCUUGCCACCACAAGUCCCACCCGUUCUGACAGCUCGUCCCCUUUCACAUCCAAGCCCCAGUCACCUGCUGGGUUUUUGGUGUCUGUGUUGCCGGCCACACCCACUGCACCACCUGUCAAUGCACUGGGGCUGCCCAAAGGAAACGGCACAGUCGGGUUCCUGCGUAAGAACACCCGCACACCACGGAUCGUAAGCGACUCCGAGAUCCAAGACUCGAAAGAUGCCGUCAUUCAGGACCUGGAGAGGAAGCUGCGCUUUAAAGAGGAACGUGUCAGCAACGGCCAGCAGAGGUUAACCUAUGAAGAGAAGAUGGCUCGCAGGCUUCUGGGGGCUGACAACGCAGCCACAGUGUUUAGCACACAGCAAACAGACGAGGAGCCCGCUACACAGGAAAGCAGUUCAGCUGAUUCAGAAUUUGUCCCCCAAAAGGAGUACAAGGUGUCGAGCUUCGAGCAGCGGCUGAUCAGCGAGAUCGAGUUUCGGCUGGAACGCUCCCCAGUGGAGGAGAGCGACGAUGACGUCCAGCACGAUGACAGCCCGCUGGGAGACUGUGUGGCACCUUACUUCGACCACAAACUCAAACACUUCAAAGUGUUCGAGGGCAUGCCUGUCACCUUCAGCUGCAAGGUCAUCGGAGACCCUAAGCCAAAGGUGUACUGGUUUAAAGAUGGAAAACAGAUCUCAAAACGGAGCGAGCACUACCGCAUCAGUCGAGAUCCGGAUGGUACCUGCUCUCUGCACACAGCCGCUGCCUCUCUGGAUGACGAUGGCAACUACACUAUCAUGGCUGGCAAUCCUGGGGGCAGGGUGAGCUGCACCGGCAGGAUGAUGGUGCAGGCAGUGAACCAGAGGGGGCGGAGCCAGCGCGCUACACCUGGCCACAUCCGCAGACCCCGCUCCAGAUCCAGGGAUGGUGGGGAGGAGAACGAGAACAUUCAGGAGCGUCACUUCCGCCCUCAUUUCCUGCAGGCCCCAGGUGAUCUGAUUGUGCAGGAGGGGAGACUCUGUCGCAUGGACUGUAAGGUAAGUGGGUUACCUACGCCUGAUCUGAUCUGGCAGCUGAAUGGCCACACCAUCCGUCCAGAUUCCUCCCAUAAAAUGCUGGUGAGAGAGAACGGAGUCCAUUCGUUGGUAAUCGAGCCUGUCACUAGCAGAGACGCGGGAGUUUAUACGUGCAUUGCCAGCAACAGGGCCGGACAGAACUCCUUCAGCCUGGAGCUGAUUGUUGCUGCUAAAGAGAUGCACAAAGCUCCUUCCUUCAUCGAGAAGCUCCAGAACACGAGCGUUGCCGAGGGCUACCCUGUGCGCUUGGAAUGCCGUGUGUCCGGAGUCCCGUUCCCUCAGAUUUUCUGGAAGAGAGAGAACGAGUCCAUCACUCACAACACAGACAGAAUAAGCAUGCACCAGGACAACUUUGGCUAUCUGUGCAUGAUUAUUCAGCCAGCUUUGAAGGAGGAUGCAGGCUGGUACACAGUAUCAGCCAAGAACGAAGCGGGCAUUGUCUCUACCACAGCACGACUCGAUGUUCACUACCAAUAUCAGCAGACACACACCCCAAAGCCCAAGAAGGUGCGUCCUUCGACCAGCCGCUACGCCGCACUGACCGAGCGCGGUCUGGAUGUGAAGGCAGCUUUCUUCCCAGACUCCAGCCCCCUGCCCCCUGGCACCCUGGUGGAGAGUGAUGACCUGUAGAUGCUUGCUCAGUCCUGACACUAUAAAUCCUUGACCCCAGUGCCACUGUCCCAGAACCAGACAUCAUCAUGGCCAUACCAGAGGAACCUUAACUUGUUGACUGUUCUCAGCUGUUUGAAGCUAAGCCGAAGAAAAAUAAAUCAGAAAAUUAAAAAAAAAAAAAAAAAAAAUCAUUUUUUUCACAGAGAGAUUCCAGUUCAUUGCAAAUUUGGAAGAUUUGAUUUUGGUCCAUGUGAGAAGAUGGGAAGUGAGGAAGUGUGAUAGUGAAGUGAGGUCAUAUCCAGUUUCUUUCAGACUGCACAUACACACCCACAAAUUCAUGUCAAGCUGAUUUGAGGAAGGAGGUACUAUACCAAUGAUCACCUUUUCUGCCAUAUCUACAUAGUGCCUGAGAGAUGAUUAACCAAUUCAAAAUGCUUAAUGCAAAAAUCGAUUCAUUUUAAAUAAAAACAUCUAGUUGUGCAUGUGUUACUAUGGUGCCAGUGUGUAGUACUUAAUACUCAGUGCCUUAGUCUCUAUUUGAGUUGCUGGAGAUCUGUAGCAGAAAGACUUAUGGGUAAUGGAGCGGUGUUUCUAGAGAACUCUGAGCACAUUCGGAGUUGGAUAGGUCUAAUAGUUAGGUUUCUAUUAGUGGCGUUCCCUUUUUGUAGUGAACUUCUUUUUAUGUGAACCACAGCAGUCUGGGUGUAGAUAGACUGAUAACACUACCACAGAUAUCCACCAUGUCUGGACGCCAUAGAUAUUGCACAAGGCCGGGCCUUAUUAUUAUUAUUAUUAUUAUUGUUUUUGUCUUUCUCUAUCUUGUGUUUGGGCAUAGGAAAGUUGUUACAGGUUCUGAACUGGGUUAUGAGAUUGAAUGAUUUUCAGAAUGACAUCCUUGCUCUGUGUUUUCGUAGACGAGAGUGACAGGCAGGUGGAGGUAUCCUAGGCGAGAGGGCAGUUUGGUGCGGGAAUACUAGCUGAGGAGAACAUGACGUGCAUUGGCUGUGGAGAGAUUACACUGUCACUUUAAAUGGAGAGUGAAUGUGCGGUCAGAAAAAAAAAAGAUUGUUCGAAAGAAUUUACAUGAUAGAAAUUAGCGACACCAGUGAUACUGAUGCAGUGGAUAUGAUAAUGCUAAAGUUGUUUUCUGUUCAUACAAACACACAUGCACAAGUUUUUAGCAACGGCAGAAGUGUAUUCACCACUUAAACACGACUGUGUACUUUUUCAUACGAGGAAGAGGGAAAACAGUGAAGUGGAAUAUUUAUAGCCAGAUGCAGACAUUAAAUUAUAUUAGUGAUUUUCUCAUGGCUUUAUGCCCAGUCUUUAUUUAACUAUAUAUUUACCACCAUUCGAAUUAUUUACACUUAUCUUUUUCCUUCGUAUUAAUAUAUAUAUAUAUAUAUACACACAUAUUCAACUCUGGUACUUGUAUUACAUUACAAUAUCUUAGUCAACUAGAGUCAAGGGUAGCUGGAUUGCACAAACGUAAAGCUUGCAGAAAUAUAGCUAGACAUAUGACUUCUUCAUAUGUACUCACUCAACUCCUUUCAAUAGCUUUUGUCUUUUUUUUUUUUUUUUUCCUUUUGCUGUUAGUUCUGUCUCAACACAAUACAUACUUAAGAACUGAUGAAAGAUUUUGUUCGUUUAGUUCCAAGCUGACAUGCCUGUAUAUGAAAUGUUCUUCUGACUGUUUUGGUUUAUGAACAAUAUAAAUAAAAAUCUCUGGAAAUACUAA